UGAAUGCCAUUUGUCGUGUGGUCGGGUGCCAUAGCAACGGCUCAUGAGAAACAUUGUACAGCUCAGGCCACUUUGACGUGCUCGAUGUUGGAUGACAGCGGCGUUCAUGCGGAUAAUGUGGACACUGACAACUCCUGCAACAAAUUGCCGUCAUGUCUCGCCGCCGUCUGGACCGUGUAUGUGCUGGUUGGUGCUAUUUAGAAGCUCGACGUUUCCCCCAAGCAGCUAAAACAAGUAACCCCUAAUAUGUAUAAAAGCUGGGGAGUUGUGUGAAAAUGUAUUCAUGUAUGUUAGAGCACAUUUAAGCGCAUGUCUGGGAGAAAAUGUCUGGUGUGCGUCCCCUUUUUUUAAUCGCCGUGCCCUGGUUUGACUGGCGCGUCUCCUGGCUGCAUCAGCGCCUGUUGCUCCCCAUGCGCGGCCAAUGCCAGGAUAUUAAUUUUCCCUGCGAGGUGUCGUCUCCGCCCCCCUCCUCCCCCUCCCCUCUCCAUCGUAUCCUCUGUCCAUUGUUGUCAUCCAUUAGAGCAAGAGGUGCAGCAAUGUACACAGGGCUUUCCAUUUAUCCUGUUAUUUUUCUCAUAUCUUGGAAUCAAAGAGAGCCUUACCUGAACUCACAUUAAUGUCUGACAGUCAGUAACAGCUUCGUUCGCUGUGAGGAAACCACACCAUGUAACCCACAGUGAAAUUUCUAAUAACAUGUAUAAUCCUUUUAGUACUGAAUAUGGCUGGGUAAAAUAAUAGAAGGGCGACUGAUGCCACAAAACACAAUAGCCUAAAUGACCAUAUUUGUAAAGAUAUAUACUCAUGUUUGAUUUUUUUUCAUGUUUUCUUCCUAUUCUUAAAAUUUUCUUUGGAACAGAAAUAAACCUGUCUCUUUUCAGAUUUGACCUUUAAAGCUUCUGUAAGGAACUUUAUUUCUGUUUAUUCUGGGGCCCGAAACUGUUUCUUUUUACUGGUUUUGUCCUGUAGUUGUUUUUGUUUUUUCAUUUAAAUCUUCGCCUACUUUAUUUCAACCUUUAUGGUGGCCUGGGGUCAAUUAAGACCCGAUUUUAUUUAUUUUUUUAUUUUUUUGGAUAAUAAAUGUGUAUUUUGCUAAUCUGUUUUCCUAAAAAAUAACAUGGUUUCCUACCACUCCCUUUGCAAAUACCCUUUAAGAUCAAUACUAACAAUGAAUUAUGGGAGUCUUAUUCACCUUAUAAAAAAGGAUAAAAUUAGCUUAUUGCCCCAUGAGAUGAGGAAUUUUUCUUGGGCUCUUCACUCAUGCUCCAGCCAUGGAAACCCAUAACAAUAUAUACAUUACACAUGAAAUGUUUUAAGAAAACACAGGGCUCAUAUUUCUGAUUGUCUUUCAACUUCUGAUCGCUGUCAUGUCAAUGGUCUGGGUUGGUCUGUGGAAGCUGUAUUUUAGCAGGGGUCAAAGUAACAUUGUACAUUUAGUGUUAAGAUGUGUUUUUAUAUGUGUUUAGUCAUGUUUAGAUGUUGCCUACAGUGAUCCCUGGUGGGGUCCACACAUUUGCACCAUGAGUGAAGUUACUCACUGAGUUUGCACUGGAAACUUUAGGCGUUAAUAAUAAUAAUAAUAAUAAUUAUUAUUAUUAUUAUUAUUAUUGUAAACUUUACUUGUAUAGCAUUUUUAAAAGCAAGGGUUUACAAAGUGCUUUUACAUGCAAAGAAGCAAACAGAAGAACAAAGCAACAAAACCCAACAAAAGACAUAGAAGAUAGAGCAAAUGACACCCAAGCAGCACCCGGCAGAACCCAAAAUUGUUAAAGAAUCGAACCAAAAACCUAAUUAGAUCCUUUAUCAAUACCAUAAGUCAUCAAGAACCCAGAUUUCAUGAGAUGCCAUGCAAACUAAAACAUCACAGGACAUCAGUCAGAGUGCAGAUAUCACAUUGCCACCAUAAAUACCAAAAAAAAAGAAAGAAAAAAAAAGAAAAAAUAGGAACUUAGGCAACACAGGAACCCAGCUACACAGGGUUAGACCAAACUCUAAGAUGUGAGAAAUUAAAAGAGAAACAAAGAGGAAUAAAACUAGAAUAUAGAUAAAAACAGUCAAAGGCAGUGAAAUGUAAAUAAAGGGGGCAAAUAUGCAUCCUAAAGGACGCAUGUAUUCUUCAUCAACAUGCAUUGCCUUUCUGAGGCUGACUCUCUGAUCAUAACUUUAACGAAAACAAUUUAAAGUUUCUGCUAAAGUUUACACUACAGAUUUAGUUACAUCUAAGUUAGGCUCACUGACAAUAGAUGACUUAAGAAAAAAAUGUUAAAAGAUGAAAUAAAAUUGGCCAAAUCUCUGACUCAGAAAUGGCCUGAUAGAUACUGAUCAGAUAUAUUUUGGGCUUUUUAUCCCCAUCUUGCAUGAAAAUUAGCCUCUCAGCUAUCUCAGGUACAUUUACAUUUGCUUGCUGAUUAGUGUACACUGCCCUUUUCAAAUAAAUAAAUUAAAUUUUAUAAACGUAGACAAGAGGACAGUGAAUAGAAGUGGAAACAGGGAUAAGAGAGUAGAGGAAACACAUGCUGGAAAGGAGUCACAAGCUGUAAUUAAACCCAGGCCAACAUGGGGCCAUCUGUGCCCCACACAUUCUUUAAAAAGAGGCAAACCAGACAGGGUGACCAAUUUGGUUAAUGAAUGCGACUGUUUUAAAAUGAUAUGGCUUGACUGAGAUAAUGUUUUGUCAAAUGCUCCCCUCAUCACAUUAAAAAUAAUAAUAUUUAAAAUUGUUUAUUAGACUAUAAAACGAGGAAUAAUCUCAUGUGAGUACACCACAUAUAGAUUUUUUUUAAAGUUUAAAACUUGUAUGAAUGAAUUGAAAUUAUGUCACACAGAAAUUGGGGACACUUUGUGGUAUGAUGCUUGAAAAACAGUGAAACCUAAUUGGGUCAGAUUUGCCCCACAAUAAACACAUGUUUCAGACAAAGAAAACACGGGAGUUAACAACCACAUGUUUCAUUUUGAAUUUUUGACUCAGAAAAGGUUAGUAAAAAGCUGUUUCUUUUCUGACACCAACUCCCUGGCAGCAUUUCAGUCAACAAGAAUAACAUGAAAUAAAAAGUCAGCCUUUAUGUGCUUUUUUAGGUCUAAUAGAUGCAUCAUUGUUUAAUUCCAAUCUGUUUCAAAACCACCUAAAAAUCCUUGCAUGGCCUUUGCAGUUGUAUCUUACACAAACAUCUUGAUUAAGGAAACCCUUUGUCAAGAUUGUGUCAGAUCUUCCAUUCAUGGGAAGAGUUGGUGGCUUUUUGACACUAGAUUUCCUUGAAGGUGUCAUGGUAAUUGUUUCCACCUCAGUAUCAAAGCUCCUCCUUCUUACUUUCUUUCCCUUUAAAGCUCUUAUAUUCAUUUGUUAGCCAUAUGCAGAAGACAUGAUACAGAAAGAGUAGAGAAGAACUCAAGUUUACAAGAUCAGUUUAGUGUUAAGAAAUAAUUAUCAGUCUCUUAGACCUGAAAGCUUAAACCCUAAAUUUUGUACCAACAAACACGUGGUGAGUAGACUUUAAAUGAUAAGAAUCAAAGUUAACAAAUGAAGUAGACAUACAGAUGUUUUUGUUGUACAUUUGUGCGAAUAUUGAGAUAACUGGAUCUUUUUGUGUUUGGAGACAAUAAUAUUGAAUAUCUGAAUUUAAAUGCUUUUUUUACAGGCAUCUGGUGAGAGAAUGAAUGCCGAUGACUGCAAUGGAUGCUCAUUUGCACAAGGUAACGGAGGAGAAUCGUCCACAGAUCAGGAUUUUUAUGGCGGACUGCAGGGCCCUUCAGUGAGAUCACCAAACAGUCAGCACUCCUCACCACGCCGCUCUCUUAGUGCUAACUCUAUCAAGGUUGAGCUGUGUGGCGAUGAUGAGUCACCUCAAGCAGAGAAUAGAGAGGAUGUGAGGGAUGAGAGCAGGAGAGAUGACAGUGGGGAUCCCUUGGAAGAAGGGGUUACAGAGUUUGCCGCCUCUGAAAGAGACAGAGCUGGUGUUUACAAUGAGAUGGCCAGUCCAGACCCUGCUGGACAGGGUUGUUUAAAAUCCAGCUGGGCCCCACCUGGACCCAUUCGGCUGCCCAACGGGAAGCUCCAGUGUGAGAUAUGCGGGAUGAUCUGUAUCGGCCCUAAUGUUCUGAUGGUGCACAAGAGAAGCCACACAGGUGAGAGGCCGUUCCAGUGUAACCAGUGUGGAGCCUCCUUCACUCAGAAGGGCAACUUGUUGCGCCACAUCAAGCUGCAUUCAGGAGAGAAACCUUUCAAGUGUCCCAUUUGCAACUACGCAUGUCGUCGGAGGGAUGCCCUGGCUGGACAUCUACGCACACAUGCAGUGUCUUCUCCAACGGUGGGAAAACCUUUCAAGUGCACCUUUUGCAGCCGCAGCUACAAACAACAGAGCACACUGGAGGAACAUCUGGAGCGCUGCCACAGUUAUCUGACCAGCCUGGAGCACAAGGCAGCAAACAACACACUGAUAGCACACGGUGAAGAGUCUGUGAAUAUGGAGGCUAAACCUGUGCUGCAGCCCUCCAGUGAAAAAACCCAGCUUGUGGACAGACUGGCUGUUAGCAUCACCAAACGCAAGAGGUCAACACCACAGAAGUUUUUAGGUGAGAAGCACAUGCAUCUUGAUCCCCCUGAAGCACCUUAUGAGUUGUCCUCAGGUUCUGAGAAGGACGGGGACCUCAUGAGCUCUCAGACUGCUGGAGACCCCGCUGGAACGGCUGGUUCACAUCUCCAAGGCAGCAGAGUUAAAGGGGAGAACCCUGAGCUGUCUGCACUGUCUCACCUCCAUCCCGCUUUCCUGUCAGAGUACCGCACAGUCAUGGGCUCUGUCAACAGCAACGCAACUCCUCAUGGCUCCCGUGGGCCAGCAGCAGUGAUGUCUUUUAGCAUUGCCGGUGAAGGCCGUGACGACCAACCCUCUGCCCACAGCCACACCACCUCUCCAAACGGCUGCCCUGACUCCACAGACACAGAGAGCACAGCAGAAGAGCAGAGCACAAGGGCUACUGCCCCGACAAGUACCUCCAACAACCACCACCUCCACUACCAAACCCCAGCACUGCCCCGCAGCCAUCCCAACUCCAGCCCCUGCCAGGCCAAAGACUUGGACACCGAAUGGGAGAGAGCGUGUCCUGCGCCUACUGCCAUGGGAAAGAGGGGCUCCAGUUCCCUCCUCUCUUCCAGGGAGGCCGUGCAGGUGCUAGACAGGGACGGCCGGGCUGUUCGCUCCUUCCACUGCCGUUAUUGUCGCAUCCUUUUCCUGGACCAUGUCAUGUUCACCAUCCACAUGGGCUGCCACGGUUUUCGCCAGCCAUUUGAGUGCAACAUCUGCGGUCACCGCAGCCAGGACCGCUACGAGUUCUCGUCUCAUAUCAGCCGUGGGGAGCAUCAGGUGGGCUGAAGGGAAGAGUCAGAGGUCAGAUGAAUGGGGGUGACUGCUGCUCUUUAUAUGGGCUCAUGUUUGUUCUGCACCAGAUCAGUUGCUUUAAAUCCAUAGUGUAAGUACAAGUGGUUUUAUUUUAAGAAUAUUUAUGAAUCUUAAGCAGAUGACCUAUUUCACUUCAACUUUUAAAAAUCAAGCCGAGGCAAAUUACAUUCAAUGAGUGAUUGCACUCCUUUAUCUAAUCAUCUGGCAAAACUAUUAGUUUUGCUUCAAAAGUGCCUUCUAUGGGAUUUCCUCUUAACUUAAAAAAGUGGAGGGGGAUUGGUGCUCGAAAAUCUUAACUAGCCAUGUUUGCUAAGUGAUUUACAGCACUUUUCAGAGGUCAUAUGGCGCAGGCAGUUAAGAAAAGCAUCAGAUAUAUGUUUGAAAGAAUCGUUUUUGUUAUGCUUAGUGUGCACAAAGAGUAGGGAUGGAACAAUACACUAGACACCUAAUAUAAUAUGUAUCAAGGCACUGGUCUUAUGAUAGGAUUUUAUCCCAAUUUUAAUCUUUAUAAAGACACAAGAAUUGAGUUGAUUUGUGGAUAUGAAGUAUUAUCAUUUUUAAUUUGUUUUUUUUGGGGGGGGGGAUAAAAGUUAGAAAUACACCUUUUCCUUAUAUUUCUUUAUGAAUAUACUGUAAGUAAAAAGUUUUUAAAAUUUUGAGAUUCAGCUUAUAACUGAUAGAUACUUCCACUUAAUUUGUUUUAUUUCUUCAUACAAAGUGGACUGAUAAUGCCUUACAAAAAGCCCAAAAACCACAGAUAGUGCUUUCUGCUUAUUAAAAAAAGAGUAUUCAUGUAUUUAAUAUAAAAUUUAUGACUGGUAUUCCAAGGUAUUGUUACAUCCCUAACUAAGAACUUUGUUUUUUGUAAUUGAAGAGGGUAUUCUGAGUAUUGUGUCAGUCAGGUACGAUUAAUAUGCACUGAGAGAAUUGUGCCUCUGGUUCAGGAGGAGCUUCAGUCACAGGCGAAGCACAGAAAUGGGUUGCCUUAACUCCUGCAGUACCACGCUGCUGUAGGAAAACAUUGUUUACAGCCUGGCGGGGUAGUGCGUGAGAAAAUUUCUGCAGUUGCACAGCGAGACAAGACAACACAACAUUUUGAAGGGAAGGAACUUGAAAUUAUUUACCUGAAGGUUUUUGGAUUUGAAAGCGAGCCUCAGAGAGCUGGUGCAGAUCAGACCAUGAGCCAUGUAGUGUACAGUCAGGUUUGACCUUAAAAGCCCAGGGUGCUUUUGCCUACACGGUGUUGAACUUUUUAUCCCCCCUGCUUAUUCAUGAACAUUUCUGCAGAAGCACUUAAUGGCUUUACUUUUUCUGUAUUUGUUCUACUGCACUGAUAAAUAUUCACAAUAGUCAAUCUUUUACUUUGCAACACCAGUGUAAUUUGAACGCAGCCGGCCUUUCUUGAAACCCCACAGCUUUGCACUGGUUCUGUGGUCUUCACUCAAAUGUGCUGCAAUGUUCGACUCAAGUAUAUUUUUUGUGGUUUUGCGAUCAGCAGUUGAGACUGAGAUUUUAAAAAAUCUGCAUCAUAUAAGUGAACCAACAAGAAAAUCUUAUUUAAAACGUCUAAAAAUCAUUUUGGCACUGUUGAGUUAUCACUUGUGAUUAUCUAUUUAGUGUUGUUUGUUUCAGCCUUUGGUGUAUUUAAUCAGCUAUAUUCCAAAUCUUAUCCAGCAUAUUCCUCAAGUCCAUGAAAUGUUACCUCCUGCUUCUUUAUAGCACCCAAAAACCUUAUUGCUACCGUACGGUGAGUUAAUAUUGGGAACAUGAAUGAGACCAAACUCAGUAUUCUUACUUGUUAUUGUGGGUUUGCUGCUUCAUAGUUUUAAUUAAUUUCCUUUAAUUGCUGGCAAAAAUAUACUUGAACUGUUUGAGAAAAAAAAAGCUAUCUAAAAAUGCACUUGGUUUGAUAAGUAGAGAAGUGUGUGUGAAUGGAUUAUAGCAUGUGUGCUUGUCAUUUUCUGCUUUUCCCUGAAUUUGUGAAUUAUUUUUUUGAAAUGUGAAGUACUUUCAACAAGUGGAAAAUGAGGCAUGGGUUUUUGUCUCCUCGUGUGGACUUUUCAAUGUUUCAAUGAUAUUUUGUGAAUGACGUAACCUGACAAAACACUUUACCUCAAAGUUAAAGAUGUUAAACUGCCUCAUUACUGUAUUUCAAAGAGUCACGUUGCUUUCCAAGAUGUUCUUGCAGUUAUAAAUGCGUGCCCCUCGAUAUUCUCAAACUUUUUACUGUCAAUAAAGCUAUGUUUAUGGUAAAAGUAUUGUUCCUUAGUUUCUCAAAACAUCACAUGGUGUAACUAUUACAUAUCCUCAGUGUUGAACCCAGGGUCAUGGGGUGGUCUUAGAUCAUCUUAGAUCAUUAGACAGUCUUACAGGGCAACCCAACUGAAGG